AUGUCGCGGCCGCUGUCGGACCAGGAGCGGCGGAAGCAAAUCAGCAUCCGCGGCAUCGUGGGCGCCGAGAACGUGGCCGAGCUGAAGAGGGGCUUCAACCGGCACCUCCACUUCACCCUGGUCAAGGACCGCAACGUCGCCACCCCCCGCGACUACUUCUUCGCCCUGGCGCACACGGUGCGCGACCACCUGGUGGGGCGCUGGAUCCGCACCCAGCAGCACUACUACGAGCGGGACCCCAAGAGGAUUUAUUACCUCUCCCUGGAGUUCUACAUGGGGCGCACGCUGCAGAACACCAUGAUCAACCUGGGGCUGCAAAACGCCUGCGACGAGGCCGUCUACCAGCUGGGGCUGGACAUAGAAGAGCUGGAGGAGAUCGAGGAGGACGCCGGGCUCGGUAACGGCGGCCUCGGCCGGCUCGCAGCCUGCUUCCUCGACUCGAUGGCGACGCUGGGGCUGGCGGCCUACGGCUACGGCAUCCGCUACGAGUACGGCAUCUUCAACCAGAAAAUUCGGGACGGCUGGCAGGUGGAGGAGGCCGACGACUGGCUGAGGCACGGCAACCCCUGGGAGAAGGCCCGGCCCGAGUACAUGCUGCCCGUGCACUUCUACGGCCGCGUCGAGCACUCCGGCACCGGCGCCAAGUGGGUCGACACCCAGGUGGUGCUGGCGCUGCCCUACGACACGCCGGUGCCCGGCUACAUGAACAACACCGUCAACACCAUGAGGCUGUGGUCGGCCCGGGCCCCCAACGACUUCAACCUGCGGGACUUCAACGUCGGGGAUUACAUCCAGGCGGUGCUGGACAGAAACCUGGCUGAGAACAUCUCCCGCGUCCUCUACCCCAACGACAACUUCUUCGAGGGCAAGGAGCUGCGGCUGAAGCAGGAGUACUUCGUGGUGGCCGCCACCCUGCAGGACAUCCUCCGCCGCUUCAAAGCCUCCAAAUUCGGCAGCACAGACAGCGUCCGCACCGUGUUUGACUCCUUCCCCGACCAGGUCGCCAUCCAGCUGAACGACACGCACCCUGCCAUGGCCAUCCCCGAGCUGAUGAGGAUUUUCGUGGACAUUGAGAAGCUGCCCUGGAACAAGGCCUGGGACAUCACCAAGAGGACGUUCGCCUACACCAACCACACGGUGCUCCCCGAGGCCCUGGAGAGGUGGCCGGUGGACCUGGUGGAGAAGCUGCUCCCCAGACACCUGCAGAUCAUCUACGAGAUCAACCAGAGGCACCUGGACCACAUCGCCUCCCUCUUCCCCGCCGACGUGGACCGGCUGCGGCGCAUGUCGCUGAUCGAGGAGGGGGGCACCAAGAGGAUCAACAUGGCUCACCUCUGCAUCGUCGGCUCCCACGCCGUCAACGGCGUGGCCAAGAUCCACUCCGAGAUAGUCAGGACCCAAGUCUUCAAGGAUUUUGCGGAGCUGGAGCCCGAGAAAUUCCAGAAUAAAACCAACGGCAUCACCCCGCGGCGCUGGCUCCUGCUCUGCAACCCGGGGCUGGCGGAGCUCAUCGCCGAGAAAAUCGGGGAGGAUUACGUGCGGGACCUGAGCCAGCUGGCGAAGCUGCACGACUUUGUGGACGACGACCUCUUCAUCCGCGAGGUUGCCAAAGUGAAGCAGGAGAACAAGGUGAAGUUCGCGCUGUACCUGGAGAAGGAGUACAAGGUGAAGAUCAACCCCUCGUCCAUGUUCGACGUGCACGUGAAGAGGAUCCACGAGUACAAGCGGCAGCUGAUGAACUGCCUGCACAUCAUCACCAUGUACAACCGCAUCAAGAGGGAUCCUACAAAGCUGUUUGUUCCUCGGACGGUGAUCAUCGGGGGCAAGGCUGCCCCGGGCUACCACAUGGCCAAAAUGAUCAUCAAGCUCAUUAACGCCGUGGCUCAGGUGGUGAACAACGACCCUGUUGUGGGCAGCAAGCUGAAGGUCAUCUUCCUGGAGAACUACCGGGUCUCCCUGGCGGAGAAAGUGAUCCCCGCGACCGACCUGUCGGAGCAGAUCUCCACGGCGGGCACCGAGGCGUCGGGCACGGGGAACAUGAAGUUCAUGCUGAACGGAGCCCUGACCAUCGGCACCAUGGACGGGGCCAACGUGGAAAUGGCCGAGGAGGCGGGCGAGGAGAACCUCUUCAUCUUCGGCAUGAGGGUGGAGGACGUCGCGGAGCUGGACAGGGAAGGGUACGAUGCCCAGCAGUACUACGACCGGCUCCCCGAGCUGAAGCAAGCUGUUGACCAGAUCAAAAGUGGCUUCUUCUCCUCCAACGAGCCCGACCUCUUCAAAGAUGUGGUCAACAUGCUCUUCCACCACGACCGGUUCAAAGUCUUUGCGGAUUACGAGGCUUAUGUCAAGUGCCAGGAGAAAGUCAGCGAGCUCUACCUGAACUCCAAGGCGUGGACCAAAAUGGUGAUCAGGAACAUCGCGGCGGCGGGCAAGUUCUCCAGCGACCGCACCAUCAAGGAGUACGCCCGGGACAUCUGGCACGUGGAGCCCUCCGACCUGAAAAUCCCCCCGCCCAACGAGCCCAGGGAGGUGGCCGAGGACGGGACCCCCAACGGGACGGAGGCGCGGGCGUAGCGGGGGUACCUGGAGGGUGCUGCUGCUGCUGCUGCUGCUGGGGGAGUUUUAUAGGGAAAAGCAAAACUGUUCUGCCCUGUUGCUUGCGGUAGGUACUAAAAAUAAAAGUGCCGAGCAGA